CCUCCCCCGCGCGGCGGCCAGACCCAGCGGCGGCGGGGCAGGAUGAAGGACCGGACCGGGGAGCUGCGCGCCGCUAAGGACAGUGAUGAUGAUGAUGAAGUCACCGUCAGCGUGGACCGGGACCGCUUCAUGGAUGAGUUCUUUGAGCAGGUGGAAGAAAUUCGAGGGUUCAUCGAUAAAAUUUCAGAGAACGUGGAGGAAGUGAAGAGGAAGCACAGUGCCAUUCUUGCUUCGCCUAACCCUGACGAGAAAACGAAGGAGGAGCUGGAAGAGCUAAUGUCUGACAUAAAGAAGACGGCGAACAAAGUGCGCUCCAAGCUAAAGAGUAUUGAGCAGAGUAUUGAACAAGAGGAAGGACUGAACAGGUCAUCUGCUGACCUGCGGAUAAGGAAGACUCAGCACUCAACACUGUCACGUAAGUUCGUGGAGGUGAUGUCCGAGUACAACGCCACGCAGACUGACUACCGGGAGCGCUGCAAGGGCAGGAUUCAGAGGCAGCUGGAGAUCACUGGCAGGACCACCACCAGUGAGGAGCUGGAGGACAUGCUGGAGAGCGGCAACCCAGCCAUCUUCUCUUCUGGGAUCAUUAUGGAUUCAAACAUCACCAAGCAGGCACUGAAUGAGAUUGAGACACGGCACAGUGAGAUCAUCAAACUGGAGAACAGCAUCCGAGAGCUGCACGACAUGUUCAUGGACAUGGCCAUGCUGGUGGAGAGCCAGGGUGAGAUGAUUGACCGCAUCGAGUACAACGUGGAGCACUCGGUGGACUACGUGGAGCGGGCUGUGUCUGACACCAAAAAAGCAGUGAAAUACCAGAGCAAAGCCAGACGGAAGAAGAUCAUGAUCAUAAUCUGCUGUGUGAUCCUGGGUAUCGUCAUUGCCUCCACCUUUGGUGGGAUUUUCGGCUAGACUCACCCCACGGGACUGUUUGUGUGCAAUGGAUGGAGCCGCGUGUGCCAUGGGGCCACAGCCAUGCCGGAGCAAACCACGCAGCCCUGGAGCCUCCCAGCAGCAUUUCAGUUUCUAAUGCAUGGUUGUUUGUGACACUGUGUGUGCGGUGCGGGUGCGUCUGUGUGGAGGGAGCGCCGGCCCUGUGGCACAGGCAGGGUGCAGGGGACGGUGAUGGGUCAAGGGGAACCUUAGGGGGAACCUGAGCUCUCAUCACUGCUCCACUGCUCCAGGGUCCUGGCUGGGACCAGGUGGGGAUAGAGGUGCCCUUGGGUGCUGCUGCUCCUCCUGUGCUGGGCAGUCUGUGUUAGAGACAGCCGAGGACAAGGAGGGACUGGUGAAGGGUGUCAGGGGUCCUCAGGAGCACAGUGCCCAGUCAACCUUCCCCAGCUUCCCCAUCACCUCCAGCCAGAGCACUCAUGUCUGUCAGCUGCGUCUGUGCUUGCAAACACCCUUCCUUGGGCUGCUUCUCUCACCAGGCCCUUCCCCAGGGGUGCGCUCUGCCAGGCCAUGCCUUCCUGUCCCGUGGCUGUGCCCGGCUGCGGGGCCUCAUCCCUGCUGCUCUGCCGAUGGCAGGGCUGCCCCCUCCCUAGGCAAGCCCUCGCCAUGGUGUGGGUGCCAGGGGCUAGGUGUGCCGCUUGCUGGUGGUGGGUGCCUGAUGGAGCAGUGUGGGAUGAGGAGCUGCUGCCUGGGGCUAUCACUCUUGCUUGGGGAUGGGGACAGGCCAUGUGAGGACCUGUGCUGCACCCUGGUGCUGGCCCAGCAGGGCAGGAGGGCACAAGUACUUUAAGGUCAGCAUGUUCCACUGGCUGCUUGCCCUGCACCAAAGCCUCAUUGUUCUGUCUUCAGCUCCAGUAUACAGUGGCCCUGGCUCCCACGACCCCCAGGCCUGGGCUCUGGCCAUUGGGGUUUGGAGCUGGCUCUGAUGCCCGCAGCCCCUGGCAGUGCUUGCCUGGGAGCAGGGCUGCUUCCAGCCUCAUUUCUCCACAUAGGCACCCAUAGCUGGGGGUUGGACGCAGUUGGGCUUUCUCCUGCUGUGGUUGCAGGAGCAGCCCUAGUUGCAUCUACCCCCCCCCGCAAGCUAGCAGCAGCAGCCUUCAUCCUCGUCUAUUCUACCGUGAGCAGGGCAAUGCCUGACUACCCCUUCCAUCUCUGCCACCUCUUGGCAUCCUCCUGCCCCGCCACCUCUUCCUGGCACAGUGCCCUUCUGCUUGCUCAUCCCAUGGGCCAUCCAAUAAGGCACCCGUCCUCAGUGGGGUGCUGUGGGAGCACCUUGGUGCCCCUGUACCCUCUGCCACACGCACUACACGGAUGCAGUCACUGUGGGGUGGCCUGAGCCUGCUGGCAGCUCAGACAGGCCCUGUGUUGCUACUGUCCCUUUUCCUUGGGCUGGGGACAGGGGACAUUCCUUGGGAGACUCCAGGGCUCCAGCUGGCCCAUGCACAUGCCAAAGUAUUACAGAGGAGCCCAGAGCAGGGUAGGCACCUGAGGUCAAGCUCACAGCCACACACUGCGAUAGGGGCUAGACAUGAGUCCAGCUGCUGGUAGCAGAAAAAGGGCACUUGACUGCAGCAAGUACUCCAGCUGCAGGUAGCAUGUCACCUCACCACUCUGAGCGGGGUGAGGGCAGGGCUGCAUCAACCCUGCGCUCCUCCACUCUGCUACAGCACAGGCACUGGCUGCAUAUGUGGUGCUUGUGGGUGCAGGGUGAAAGGCAGCAGGCUGUAGCCAAGACAGGGCUACCUUCCCCAGGUGCAGCCCUGCCCAGGAGCAACCCACAUACGGCUCCUUCCCUGCCACUGUUACGUGAGGACCCAUAAUACAGCCACUGGUUGCAUUCAGCCACCCUUAGGAAGUGUGUCCAGCCUGGGUCCAGCCCAAGCCCCCAUUGGAUGUGGCCAUGGGAACAUCCAAGACUGCAUCUCCUUCUUUCACAGUCCCUCAACAACUGACAUGAGCUACAGCACUGCAACCUGGGUGUGCAAAAGGGCUCGGGGCACUGCAACCCCUGCAAGCAGGGGCAAGCUGGCUCUGGAGUUUCCCUCCAGGGCAGGAGGCAGGUCUGAGCAGGGUCCUUACUCUGUGGGGAUGUGUCUGGCUACAGGAAAGGGAACUGGGCUGCUCCCAUCCCUGUGGAGCCCCCUGCCACCAGUCUGCGCUCUGCUCUGCUGAGCCAGCAAGAGUGCUGAGCCCCCUCCCCUGGGAAGCAAUAACACUGCUGGCAGAGCUGCUCCUGGGCAGGCAAGCAAAAAAGUUCCUCAGGCUCUCACCCUGCAGCAAUGCCCACUGCUAGCACAAGGUGACUUUUUUUUUCUUCCAAGUAGCAGCUUUCGCGGCACAAGCUCACAUGACAUCAGGGCUGUGGCCCAGUCCCAUCAAGGCAUGAGGCCAGGAACAGCACUGGGGGGAUUCUGGCACUUGCUCUGUCCUUAUUGGUACCACCGCUGCCAGCAGCCCCCCAGCAGCAGGAGCCAGAUGUGGCAAGUCGGCAAACCUGCCACUGGCACGUUGCUGGGAUCCUGCAGGUGGCUAUGGCCCCAGGCUCUGACACGAGGGAGGCAGAGGAGCAGGCUGCCAUCACCACCCCACAGGCAGGCUCACACUGUACUCGCUGUGAGGGGAGGGUGUUUUGGUGCAAUAAUUACUCCUGCACUACGGGAAGCCCCGUUCAGUUCCUUUUUACCUACCCGUCAUUGCAUGUACAGACCAAAUCACCAAUAGUGCAGUUGUGCUUUGGGGAGACAUUUCACUUUUUCUUUCCAGCCCCCAACCUCAGACUGCUUGUCCUUUGGGUUACACCACCUCUGUUCCAAGUGCCACCUACCCUCCUAGCACUGGGAGUGUGUUGAUGCAGUAUUCCACGAGCCGUGUGGGGCACACACAGCUUGCACUCGAACUGGGGAUUGGGUUUUUUUUUGUAAUUAAUGUACCUGAAGGCUUUCUGAGCCCCCUGUGGAGUUGUACUGUUGCUGUACUGUGAGCUAAGUGUCCUUGUUUUCUAUGUGGAUUUUGACCCUGGCUUGCUCUGUCUCACUGGGCUGGAUGACACUGUAUGUUGCCUCUUCUCUCCUUCACCCCUUCCCUCCCUGCUAGCCUCCCUUUAUUCUCCCAAAGCUUUGGGUGCAAAACAGCUUCCCAUUUUGUGGAAUUUUUAUGUAGAAUAAACAUUUGUAACUGUAAA